AUGCAAGAUGAAGGAUUUUGUGCGGCUUCUGCGUCCUCGUCUUGCGGGACAGGGCCGCCGCCCCUCUUGCACCUUGGGCCUGCAAUCACGCCACAGAGUCUCCGUCGCGCGCGAGUGUACGCGGACCUGCUCGCCAACCCGCCGCCGCCGCCGCACCCGUUCGGCGCCUUGCUUGAGGAGGCGGCGUGCCUGCGGGCCCGGGCAGGCGCGGCGGCUUUACCCAACACUGCGCGCGGCGCAAUCGACGGGGAAGGCACAACACCGGGUUCCGUAGCUGCAGAGGGCGAAAAUGCAGAUCCACCUUCGUUGUUGGCGUUGCUGCGAAGGGAGCACGGUUACUCUGCGGGGACGGCGAUGCACCGCAUGUGGGUUCAGUACCCGCAGGAGUAUCUGGCGGGGCUGGCGCAGCGGAUCGCAGAUCUUGUCUCGACGCGUGUGAUGCCGCUGGUCGUUGGCGAAGGCAACGAAGGAGAUGCCUCCCCCUCUCAGCGUGGGGCGAUCAACGCGAGCGGGACCACGCCGGUUGCCGGGGCGGAGCGAGGCCGUUAUGACAUACACGUGCGCUUUUUCCCCUCUUCCGCCGCCCGGCUGCGGUGCCUCGCGCCCAUCUCGCAGGUCUUCUGUGCGGAGGUGACCGUGCGGGACGUGGCGGCGCUGCAGCGGCUUGAAGAGGAUGCAGAGCGCCUGCGGGCCCAGUACACCUCGGUGGCGGCGGAAGGACAGACCGUCCAGAGCGCGUUGGCUUUCUGGCGGGGCGUCAGGCUGAACGCGGUGGCUGAGGAGGGCGAGGGGGCGGCGGCGGAGGGCGUGGCGUCGGCCGUCGUGCUCGGCCGCACCGGCGCUACGGGCGAUGCGGGACGCGUCAGCGCGGCUUCGGCGGGGGCGAAACGCGCCGCGUGGGUACAGCCGCCGGCCCACACGCGUCCGCGACGGGCGACGGCGAGCGCAGCUGCGGCUGCCGCCGUCAGUUCGUCCACCACGAGGCGGCGGGCGGCACCGCAGGCGACAGAAGCGGAUGCCCCACAACUUCUGCUGCAGAGCUCGGCGGGGCUCGUGGCGGUGUUUUACCUCGCGUUCAGCGGCGCGUUGUACACCGGCGUGGCUUGCGGCGCGGCGGCGGCUCCUCCCGCUGCCCCAGGGCCGCCGUCCCGUGCGGAGACCCGCUCCGACGCCGCCCCGGCAGAGCCGCGGGUGGAGGCGGCGGCAGCGCCGCCGGAUGCCGAGCCCGUUCUCUUCCUUCCCUGCGCCGCCAGAACGAGUUUCGUGCGCGGCCUGCUCGGGCUGUAG